UAUCUGUUUUUCAAAAAAGGUUUGGUAGGAUUCGGUUCGGGACCUCUUUAUUUCCGAGCUGCCAGCGACAUGAGGGAAGAUAUAGUGGCUGCCCAGAGUGCAAACGUCAACACUGGCAUUGGUCUUACUAUCGAUCCUUUGGUCUUUGGUGACUAUCCUGAAGCAGUAAGAGGAUUCAGGGGAUCCUUCACCGAGGAGGAAAAAAAGUUAAUCAAAGGAAGGAUCGACUUCGUGGGUAUCAACAUUUAUGGAGGGCAGAACGCGAGUGCGUCUGGAGGUGGUGGGGGUGGUGGUGGCAAAGGGCCUGGAGGUUUUGGGGACCCCGGCAGUUCGUGGGUCUUACGCGAAAUGCCUCUCUGGAUCAAGAACAGGUACGAGACCAAAGAAACAAAACUUCCGAUAUUUAUAACAGAGAAUGGUAUAAAUGCUGCUGGGAAGACGUCACCGUUGGACGACUGGGACGAGAGGGCUGUGCAAGCUAGUACAUUUCUUCGUGAGCUGGCUGCCGGCAUAAACGAAAAUGGCACAAAUGUUGUCGGUUACACGAUGUGGUCUCUCCUAGAUACAUUCGAGUUCCACUCUUACGGAAAUUGGGGUGUAGUGCACGUAGACUUUACUAGCAACAACCGGACCCGAACUUUAAAAAAGUCUUGGACAUUCUUCAAGAGGCUAACCAGUACUAACGUCGUGCCAUUUGUGGAGGCUGGCUCUGAUCCGUUUCCUGACGAUUCGGGAUCGAGCUCUGCUCACCUGAUUAGUUCGUCACUGUUCGCUCUGACGGCGCUUAUUGUCAUUAACACAACAAACAUAUUCCCGUGAAGUUCCCGGUUGUUUCCGGAAAAAAUCCCGAUUUUCUAGCUCAUGCGAAGAACACAAGUUAACGAAUUUUCGUGUUUUAAUAAUUUUGUAUUUUUGCUGAUUUGUGAUCCUUGAAGGCAGAGGCGUAACCACGAAAGAAAAAGAGUUGGGGGGCCGUAGUGCGGGUUGCCUGCCUACGAGGCGGACUCGAAGACCGUGGUGUAGAGAAGAAUUAGGGUAUUUUGAAUAAAGAAAAGGGAAUUAAGUGAUAAAUAUAAAAAAACAACA